CGGAAGUUGGUGCUGAGUGUCCGCUCGCGUGCUGCUCGCUGGAGGUGGCCGUCGUCUGAGCGAUCGCGACGGGUUAGACUUGCGAAAGGGCCACCAUGCCUUUGGCUAGAGAUUUACUUCAUCCGUCCUUGGAAGAGGAAAAGAAAAAACAUAAAAAAAAACGACUAGUUCAAAGUCCAAAUUCGUAUUUUAUGGAUGUAAAAUGUCCAGGUUGCUACAAGAUAACCACGGUUUUCAGCCAUGCUCAAACAGUGGUUCUUUGUGUAGGUUGUUCAACAGUGCUGUGUCAGCCUACAGGAGGAAAAGCCAGGCUCACAGAAGGUUGUUCAUUUAGAAGAAAGCAGCACUAAUGAUCUAACAACUUCCUGGUUUUAUGUUCUCUCACAGAAAGCCUUAUAAGUUCAGUGACUCUACCAAGAUGAUGUAAUGAUGUUUGAUUUUGUAAGGUAUUCAACAAUGAUCUCCUAUUUUCUGUCGGUUUUUCAAUAAAGUUUUGAUUAUGG